AUGUAUCAACUCUCUCAACGUAAUCUACUUCGUUCAUUCUCAAAACCACUCUUAAAAUCCCAAAGAACUUUCGCAACCCCAACAAACCAACAUCCUACUCCAACUCAUCCACCAAAAGAUUAUGAUAUAGUCAUUGUUGGUGGAGGUCCAGUUGGAUUAGCAUUAGCAAACGCAUUAGCUACAUGUAAAACUAUCAAAAGUUCAGGUACUCAAAUCUCGGUUUUAGAUUCAGCUAAUCUUGAUCAACUUAGUCAAUGGACUUUACCAAAUGGAGAAUGGAGUAAUCGAGUUAGUUCACUAACCAAUGAAAACAUGAGAUUUCUUAAAAGUAUUGGUGUAUGGCAACAUAUUGAUCUUUCUAGAACGAAUCCAUUAGAACGUAUGGAGGUAUGGGAUGGUCUUUCAGAUGCACGUAUCAUUUUUGAUUCAUCAGAUGGAUGUGAACCUAAUGAAAUAAUCAAUCAAUCCAACUUACCACAUAUGGCAAGGUUUAUUGAAAAUCUUCAUUUACAAACUGGAAUGUUAAGAAACUUAAAACUUCAAUCGAAUGUUGAUUUAAUCGGUUCUACUAAAGUUGAAAGCAUUCAAUCUGAUCCAAAUAAUUUACCUUUGAUUUAUAUGAAUGAUGGAAAGAUCUUUAGAACUCGGUUACUUAUUGGAGCUGAUGGGUUUAAUUCACCGGUUAAAUCGUAUGCUAAAAUCACUUCUACUGGUUGGAAUUAUGAUGCACAUUGUGUGGUGGGUACAUUAGAACUUGAACCUACUAGUUUAAAUCAUACCGCUUGGCAACGAUUCUUGACAUCAGGUCCAUUAGGAAUCCUUCCCCUUUCUGAUAGAUGUGCAUCAUUAGCUUGGUCAACUAAACCUCAAAUCGCAGCAGGUCUAAAAUCCUUGACGCCCCAAACCCUUUCAUCAGUCAUCAACGCAUGUUUCGCCUUACCUCAUUCAUCUAUCGAUCCGAUUCUUAAACAAAUCGGCACUCAUUCCAAAGAAACCCCAAUCGAUUCGAAUUUAAUCCAAGCAGAAGUAGAUUGGAGUGAAUCCUUAGUACGAUCAAAUCAGCUUUCAUCUGAUGAAUUACCACCUAAAGUCACGGGAGUUCGAAUGGAAUCGAUUGCAAGUUUUCCUUUGAGAAUGUUUCAUGCUGAUCAGUAUCUUGGAGAUACGAAAGAUCAAGCAGAGUAUGCUGGACCGAGUAGGGUGGCUUUGGUAGGAGAUGCCGCUCAUGUUUUACAUCCGAUGGCUGGUCAAGGUUUGAAUUUAGGAUUAGGUGAUGCAAGAGAAUUGGCUAAGACGGUGAAGAUCGCACUGGAAAAUGGACAAGAUAUUGGUUCAUUGACAGCUUUAAGUCCAUAUGCAAGAUCUCGUUAUAUAAACAAUCAUUUAAUAAUGGCCACAGUGGAUAAAUUAAAUAAACUUUAUUCGAUCAAAGCUUCACCGAUCGUAUGGGCCAGAUCAGUAGGUGUAGAAGUCUUGAAUGAACUUCCGAGUCUUAAGAAUUUAAUGAUGGGAAGAGCAGGUGGUGACUUAAAUUCAAAUCGAAUAGGUAUAUGGGGAACCGUAGCUGAUGUUUAUGAAACGAUUGAAAAGGUUAAGUAUCUUUCGGAUGGAAUGGUUAGGAUGGGAUUAGGUGCCUUGAGUUCGGUUUUUCAACGUGAUCGGUUUAGAAAUUGA